CGCCGCUCGACCGCCGCCUAGCACCGAGACAGCGCUGGCUUCGGACGCGAGCCUUUCCCCUCUUCCUUCUUCUGGCGAUUAGGGUUGUCCCCAGCGCCGCCGGCCAGCUGCUGGCACCGGCGCGGUACCUCGUCUCUGCCAGCGCACCGCCCCCCCCCCCCCCCCCCCCCCCCCCAAUACACCUCCGUCGCCAGAGCCUGUCCGCUCCCCAGCCACCUCUCAUCCUGAGGACUUCCUGCUAGCCGCCGCCGGCAAGAAAUCAGGACCACCACCUUUUCGCGACGAGGCCACUGUCUCCGCAUUGAACACUGUUUCGCCACUGCUACCGCGGCUCCAGGGCGCAGAUCCUCUGACUCGAGUCACCAAAGCAUCUGCUUGUAUUGGGUCGUUUCAUUAGUGCCUGGUCAAAUACCAGUAUCGGCCCCGGCAUCAUGUCUUCAGAGGAGCUCACAACAAGCUUGUCAGCUUUGGCGGUGGCUUCACAGGCCCCGAUGGCCAGCCAAAUCGGUUCUUCAGGUGAUCUGUCUUCUGAAGGUGGGGCGCAGGUCACUUGUUUCAGUGAGGACCUGCACGACGUCACGCUCCAUUUCCAGAUCAUAAGGUUCUCUAAGCAGAUCUAUGCAUGGAUAGGAUGCAACAACUCGGCAAAGUUUGGCCAUUUAUAUGCUGCUGCAACCACUCGGCUGGGUGAUGGAGUGAGUGUCACAUCUGUACUUGGAGGAACAUCUGAUAACACUGGAUCAAGCAUGGCCCGCCGCUUAGUGCUGAAGACAGGUCUGAAUAUAAUUUUAGCAUGUAACAUUCCGAAGGACAGCCCCAUGCUUGAGGCUGCUGCAGAGAGGAAACUUGUAGAGAAGCUGAGAAGUUUAGGCUAUAUCAGAUCUAAAACAGGAGAGGCUAACGCUUCCACAACUCCUUUAUCCGCAACACACUGAUGGAUACUUGUGAACUGUCAAGUCAAUCGUAGAGAAAGUCACUACUCUUAACGUGUUUGAAACAUUUUGAAUGGUUAUGAAAGCUCAGCGGAGGCUUACUGAGUGUAGGCAUGAUGAUCUGAAUUUUUUGUGCGCGACUAUGAACUACUUCAUGUUCAUCUGGCAUGUUUUACACGUCUGCAUCUUCAGAGGUUGUGCGCCAUCUACCAUUUCAGUGCCUGACGUGUGGAACCCUACAUUGAGGUAUUUGUUGCUCACAGAAAUGAACUUUGCUGGUCUUGUUUGAGCCGUGCCUUCA